UUCUUCUUCUCCUGAAUUAUAAACAACAAUGAACAAUUUCGGGGUCAUCGAGCUUGCCAGCGCAAAGACAACCUCGGCGCCAGGCUGGGCUUAUGUCCCCGACAAUACAAUCAGCCGCCCGACAGCGCCUACCAACAGGAAGCGCGCCAGGAAUGUUCCUGGCCUUACAUAUAGCGAUUUGACGGCUCGACAAGAUAAUAAAAUUCGAAAAGAAGCCGAGGCUUUAGAUAAAGAUGGUGGAAAGGAUAACACAAUACCGUUGCCAGUCAAGAGCGGAAGAACGCAAGGAAAACACACACCUAAUGUUCGUAAGAUUUUACAAUCGCAGAAGACAUUUGGGAACCACUUAGACGAUUUCCUCGCGAUGCAGGCACUUGCAGAGGCCAACCUUACGAAUUCUCGGUCCACUGCCUCUGGCGCAAACAACAAACGGCCAUCGAAUAGUCGAAGAGAUACUCCCUCGUCCUCCAAACCACCGCAAGAAGAAGACAUGGCGAUGGCCGACGCCGAUGCCCCGACUGUUCUUCCUGAAUCAUCGAGGCCUUCACCACCGAGCCACCCUGGCGACAACGAUCCUUUACUUAUGUCGCGUGUUCCCGACAUGCCAUCUGAUGAGGAGCUGCGCAGGCUCCUUUCCCACCCUCCCUUCAACUAUGGCGAAGUGACGGGCCAUCGAGACAACAAGUAUCCCGUUAGAUCGUUCUGUGAGGUCUGCGGGUAUUGGGGACGUGUGAGGUGUAUGAAGUGCGGAACAAGAGUCUGCGCACUGGAUUGUUUGGAGGCGCAUAAGGAAGAGUGUGUCACACGCUAUGGACUUUGAAUACUGUCUGUUUUGUUCUUGUUUGCGGAUGCGGUUUUGGCACGAUUUAUGACACGGAAACGGGAUGGCAUGGCGUUACGGAUUCUGGGUUGGAAAAUAGCUUGAUACCCCUGAUUUACCUAGGACAAGACGAUUAUUGUGAGUGAGUCGAAACCUGCGAUGUCGGAAUUGGACUGAGUCCUUCUGCAUUGGUCAUCAUGAGUUUCAUUGCGUGGUAUAUAUUGUUCGGUCUGACUCUACUGCCCAAGUGUCGUGUGAGUGAGCUGAAGAGGACGAAGAGACUGGUUUUCGGUUUUCGGCAUGUGACUAUUGUUUAAGAGGAACCAAAUUUAUUGGGGCAUGCCAAAAUACAGUAAAUAACUAUUUUGAACUUAGAUAGGAUAACUGAUACAUCAAUGGCAUCUCUAUUUGAUAUUGAGGCAA